AUGGCGAUCGAUUUUGCUGCGGUGGAGGAGUUCCGGGGGACGCUGAGUGCGGGAGCGGAUAUCGUGACGAGGGAGUCACCGGGCUAUGAGGCGAGUAUCAAGAGGUGGUCUGCUGCGGCCGAGAAGCCUGCCGGUGUUGUCGUCUACCCGGCUACUGCGGACGAUGUCUCCCAGGCCGUCCGGUUCAGCGUUAUCCAGGGACUGGAGUUGGCGGUAGUCGGCGGGGGCCAUGCGACGAGCGGUGCAUCGUCCACGGAUGGAGGGCUCGUCAUCGACCUGUCCAGGAUGGUGGCUGUGGCCGUCGACGCGGGAGCCAUGACGGUGACGGCGGAGGGGGGCUGCCUGUGGUCUCACGUCGACGACGAGGCGGCCAAGUACGGCCUGGCUGCCGUGGGCGGGACGGUGAACCACACCGGCAUCGGGGGGCUGACCCUCGGCGGCGGCUACGGGUACCUCACCCCGCAGGUCGGCCUGGUGAUCGAUAACCUGCUCGCGGUGGAGGUGGUCCUCGCGGAUGGGAGGAUCGUUACGGCGUCUGACCGUGAGAACCCGGAUCUGUUCUGGGCGGCCAAGGGCGCGGGAGUCGGAUUUGGGGUAUUCACCAGGUUCACGUACCGCGCGCAUGCGCAGAGGGAUCCCGUGUGGAGUGGGAUGCUUGUCUUUCCGAGAGAACAGAUGGGCGCACUGGUCCAGUUCGGCAAUCAGGUGCUUGCGGAUGAGAGCGGGAAGACAUUGAUGCUGGUCGGGUUUGGCGCGCCACCGCCUGCUCACCAGCCGGUCCUGAUGGUCAUCGUCUUCUACAACGGCACCGAAGCAGAGGGAACGGCCUACUAUGAGCCCAUUCUCAGCCUGGGACCACUGAUGAACGAAACAUCUAUGCACGCGUACCCAGCCGUUAACGAGAUGCUCAACGGAGCCAUGAUGCCCGGACUCCGCCGGAGCAUGAAGGGGUCCGCGUUUCUCGCGCCGCUGGACCCCUCCUUUGCGCAGGGCCUCUUCGACGACUUCGCAGACUUCGUCACGGCGACCCCGGAUGCGGCGGGGUCCAUGGUCCUCCUGGAGUUCGUCCCGUUCCAGAAGAUCCUGGCCGUCUCACAGACGGCCACCUCGUUCGCGAAUCGGGGCGCGUAUGGAAACGUCGCCUUCUCUCCGGCGUGGACGCUGCCUGAGAACGACGCGGCGUGUCGCGAGUGGACGCGGACGGUGGCGGCGAAGACGAGAGCCGAGUUGGAGCGGAGGAUCGCCGAGGGGACUGAUGCCACCACCAAGGAUAGUGUCGGAGAGUACGCGAACUACGACUCGAUGGGUGCGAGCGGGAAGCAGGUCUUUGGAGUGAACUUCCCUCGCUUGGCGGAAUUGAAGAGGAAAUUUGAUGCGGACAAUGUUUUUAGGAAGGGGCCGAGUCUGGUCGCAUGA